CUGCGCUCAAAGGAAUAAAAUGAUGGCGCAAGAAAUUUCAGCAAGUAUUUCCUGGUUGUGCACCAGUUAGUGAGCAGGCAUGGCCUGCUGGGUGUGGUUUUUCUCUGUGACAAUAUUAGUCAUAGGAGGCAUCCCUAAUUCACGUGGAAACUUAUUGUUAACCACGAGACAGACCACUACAAACAAUCCAAAAUGGGAAUUAACGUGCUACUACAAGGGAAACUUUAAGGACAGUGCCCUGGUUUGGAAAUUCCCAAUUAAUGUUCCAGGUCAAAGCUUGCUUCAUUACAUAGUUACUUCCAACUUGACUAUUGAACCGAAACCAGACAAAGUUGAGAUGAAAGAAAUAGCCCCGGUGAAGCACACUUCCGAUUACCCCCAUUUCGACUUUGGACCAACCGAUGAUGCUCGCUGGAAUGUUUUAGAUACAAUAAAUGUGACUAGUUCGACGCCUUUCAAAAUGGAAGUGAAGAAAAACGCAAGCUAUUAUAAAAAGCACUUUUCAAUUUUGUCUAGAAACAGCUUUGACAUGACGAUAACCGAUGACCAAAAUAGAGACUAUCUCUUGCAAUUUGGAUACAAAGCGAACUUAUCAUCUGAAAUCCAGCUUCCAAUUAAUACAGGGUGGAUUACAUUGGUUACAACCGUAAAUGGCAGUUCCAACGAAGCUAAAUACUCAUCUCUCUCAACAGUCCAACCAAAUCUUAGGAGUGGUUCACAAUGGGUGAACAUGUCGAUUUCCAUCAACGCAGAGACAAGAGGCGUGAGCGUUUGGAUUGAAAAGGAUCAGACACCAGUAUCUUUUUCUACUGGUGGUAAAGCGACGAAAAUCAAAUUCUCGCAGAAAUUUUCGGGAGCUUUCUAUUACUUGAAAGUACAUGAUCAUCCGAUGGCUAUUUUACCAGAGGAUGGCACAGGACUAGAAGCUCAAUUUCAAGUUCCAGAAGGGUGUAUCUUUGUCACCUACAUGAGCGUAAUAGAUAAAAUGACGAUGACCAUCACUGGAGGAAAAAACGAGAAAAAAGAAGCAUCACUUAAGGCAACAAAUGGAAGAUGGAGAGUUGAGAGGAUCAAAUUUCCUUUCCAUGGUUCGGUGAAGGUGAAGUUCGCAGGAAAAUCCCUAGGUGACAAAAUUCAAGCCAUAGGCGCUCUCCGCUCAUGUUCAGAUAAAGAAUAUUCUAAAUUAGUCACAGUCGUUGAUAAUACAAAGCUCAUCUCUGGGGUCCAAUGCGUUGAUAAAGAAACAAUGAUGAAAAUUGUUUCCAUUAUUGAUCCUACUACAGACAGGAAAGCAAAGAAAUUUGAGGACAUUGAUGACACUUUUAAGGAUCUCAUAGAAGAAAAAGACAAUGUCUGCGAUGCAGAUGGCUGUUCCUGUAUGGGAUCAAACGGCCAGAACUGCGAAAAUAGUUGUUCCGGGGGAACAUAUGGCUUCAACUGUGCAAACAAAUGCAAUUAUUGCAUAAAUCAAAGUUGUCGAAAAACUGACGGUAUCUGCACAAACAAUAAGUCUUGUCUGCAUUUUCAUCGACCUCCUUUCUGCAAAGAAAAACUGCUCGAUUCAGGUGUUCCACCAGAAAUUAAACAGAUUGGGAACUCGUGGGUUGAAGUAGACAUUACCAAAGCUUUUAAGUACAUCGAGAAAAACAAUUCUGACAAUGAGGGCAAACAAAAAGUGAAAAUCAGUUACCUUAACUUAACAGCCGUAUGCGCCAACACCAAUCAAUGCAAAGCGCAAGCGUGGAAGUAUAUUCCCUGGAAGCCAAGACACCUACAGCAUAAACUAAAAGGGCUUAAUUCGGGGACAGAAUACAAAAUUCAAUUACUAGUUCACGAGAAUGGCACUGAGAACGUCAAUCCUAAUGAAAACACCACAGCUGAUGUAAAAACAAAAAAUUGCACGCAAAAUCCACAAUUUGUCACGCUCCGUCCAUCCAAUACAUCACUAACCAUUGACUGGGAGAAGGGAGAGAACUUUUGUCCACCACAAGACUACGAUAUCAAAAUCCAGAAUAGGAAGUCCCAACAGCCAGUCAAUGUUAGAAUCAAUUCAAAUACAAUAAUCGAUGGUCUCACUCCAAAUUCAGAAUAUCUCAUUAUUGCUGAACUAAAAGGCAAAAAAAUGCACGAAAGAGAUUUUAAUACAACUGAAGGAGCUCCAGAACCGGUGAAGAAAUUAAAUGUGUAUCACGAAGCAAAAGAUUCCAAAUUGGUCGUGAAUUGGAAAAAACCAGAAACACUCAAUGGAGAAUUGAAAGGAUACACAAUUGAACUGAUACAUCAAUAUUUUGUCGCUUGUGGAAAAGGUUCUGCUGAUUCCCGACACAAUGAAGUAAAAGAAGUGAAUGAAACUGUCGAAAGUGUUAGUUUCAGUAAUUUGGCAAUAUUCUCGAGCUAUACAGUAGUAGUGACUGCACGCACAUCCGCAAUGAAGGGAAAACCAAGCAGUUUGCCACUCAGUACUCCCGAAGCCAUAAAAAUAAAUGAAUCUCCAACUCUGGACCACGAAAACACUAAAACAGGCAAAUACUUCUUGAACAUAACAUGGAAUCCACCUGACUGUAGAAAAGCUGGUUGCACCACAGAAAACGAAUAUUUAAUAAAAGUCGGACACAAGAAUGAAACCAUAGAAAUCGUGAAUCACAGGUUUUAUAAUAUGACGAAUCUGACAAAAAACACCGAAUACUCGGUUCAUAUUGAAGCUCGCUGCAAAGGUUCCGGCGGUUGGCUAGGCGAGAAGGGUUUGCUUGCUUUGAAAAUAGAAACCGAUCAGUUUGACGUGGCUGAGAUAGUAGGGAUAUCAUGUGGGUCAAUUCUAGUCCUGCUUCUGAUUGCGGCUCUGGUCUUUUUGGUGAUAUGGAGGUACCGCAGGAGCCAAAAUGGAUAUGUGGCGACCGAAGGCAAAGAUUAUGGCGAAGAGGACAAACUGCCGCUGCGGUACCUGCCUGCGCCCAAGAGGCACGGUCAGCUGGUGAAAAAGGUCAACUUUGCGGGGUACGUCAGCAAGGCGAGAGCAAAUGGGUCCCUAAAGAAAGACUUUGAACUGCUACCGAGCGGCCAGCAGAAGGAGUGGUUGGUCGGAAUAACUGCCGAAAAUAAACAGAAAAACCGAUAUGCAAAAUUGUUGGCGUAUGACCACUCUCGGGUCACGCUGGGCGACCAAGGGGCCUAUAUAAACGCUAAUUUCAUUUCUGACGAGUCAAACAAGAAAAAAUACAUCGCCAGCCAAGGUCCCUUGGAGAAGACCACAACCGACUUUUGGCAAAUGAUUUGGCAAGAGGAAGUUGACACUGUUGUCAUGCUUACAAAAUUGGUAGAGAAAACGACACGCUGUCAUAAAUACUGGCCAGACGUGGGCUGCAACGAGACCUUCGGCGAGUACUUUGUGCAAAACGUUAACGAGCUGGCCUUCCCAGACCACGUGGAAAGGACUCUCAGUUUGACAGGGCGCAUGGGCCACAGGGAGGUGCUUCAACUGCAUUACACGGCUUGGCCGCACCAAGGAGUGCCGGAGGACAUCGACACGUUUGCCCGGUUCAUGGGAAAAGUGCUUGCCAGGGAAACAUCGCCUUUACUGAUUCAUUGCAGCGGCGGCACUGGUCGCACAGGAACUGUCAUUUUAAUCGACGCAUGUCUGCGGAAGUACAGGAAUGAAAGCAUGAUCAACGUUUGGGCCGUCGCUGAGAGGAUGCGCCAGGAAAGGGUCAACAUGAUCGAGAAUAAGGCGCAGUACGAGUUUGCCCACGUUCUUCUUUCUCAUUACCUUACACAAUAUGGUUGAAAUGCUUCAUAUAUAUAACUUAAUUGCAGGAUCGCUUAACAUUAAUGUAACCUAGCUUUGUUAUAAUAUAGGUAUUAUAAAAUAAAAUCAAUAAGCUUGAGACCCAAAUUAAA